AUGGAGUUUGAUCCAAAGCUUAGAGAAAACAUGUCCCCUCAACACCAGCAUCAUCCUAUGAUGUUGUCUGAAAACAACAUACUAAAACCACUCCAAACCACCACUCCAUUAUCAUCAUCAUCAUCAAAGGAUUAUUAUUUACAAGACUUCCACCACCUUGAUGAUGAUGAUGAUGAUCAGAUCCAAGUCAAUGUAUCAACGUCGUCUUGGAACCCUGUUUUCGGUGUCAAUGCUGCUUGUUAUGAUCCUUUCGAUGCCUUCCCUUACGGUUGUUCCACCAACCGCGUUGAUUUUUACGAGUGUAAGCCUUUUGCAGCAGAUCAUAACACUGGUAAUUUAGGACAUGGACAUGUUAUGGGCAACUUCCAGAGUAGCGUGGGGCUGUUGAACCUUAGGAGCACAACAUCUAAUGAUGUUAUUAUGAUGGGGUCGGAUGUUGGUUACCUGCCCUCCUUUGAAUUUCCAAACCUUGGCGAUGAAGUGCCGUGUGUGACUGCUGAAAAUGGUUAUAGGCUAUUGGUUGAUUCAACCAGCUCUAGAAUUAGGACAAACUGGAAAGGUCGUAAGAAGACAAAUGGAGUGAAGGGACAAUGGACAAUGGAAGAAGACAGGAUGUUGAUUCAGUUAGUAGAACAAUAUGGAGUGAGAAAAUGGUCUCAUAUUGCACAAAUGUUGCCUGGAAGAAUAGGGAAGCAAUGCAGAGAGAGAUGGCACAACCAUUUAAGGCCUGACAUCAAGAAGGACACAUGGAGUGAAGAGGAAGACAAGGUCCUAAUACAGGCACACAGAGAGAUAGGAAACAAAUGGGCAGAAAUUGCAAAGAGGUUGCCAGGAAGAACAGAAAACUCCAUCAAAAACCACUGGAAUGCAACCAAAAGAAGGCAAUUUUCAAAGAGAAAAUGUCGGUCGAAGUACCCAAGGGGUUCCAUCUUGCAAGAAUACAUCAAGAGCUUGAACUUAGAUUCCACCGCCGCCGCCGCCGCGAGAUCACAUGAAAAAGCUUCAGAUGGUGCCGCUGUAAAGGCGGCGGAUAAUAAAAGUUCAAGCAUUAAGCAGCCUCAAGGUUUAGAUAUCGGGCCUAGCACUGAUCGUUUAGUGCCAGAAUAUGAAUGUGAUGAGGUUCAUGAAUUUUCAUUCGAUGAGAAACUGCUUCAAGAGAGCUGCAGCAUUGAGUUGCUGCUUGAUCAAAUACCCAGUACUGCUGCCAUGGCUGAUGAAAAAAGCUUUCAAAUGGGAGAUAUGGGAGCAGUCAAGAAGGAGAUGGAUUUGGUGGAGAUGAUCUCUGCUCACCCUAAUAUCUAAUUACGCCUCUUAAAAACUUGGAAUUAUUCAAAGUGGAGGGUUUUGAUUAUGUUUUUUGGUUAUAUACGGCUUACUUAGAGAUGUGAAGGUACGUGGUAUCGUGAAGAAAUAUAUGCCAUGCAAAUUUUCAGAAAAAUAGAUUAAAUAAUAAUAAUUAAUUAUAUAUAGUAAUUAUCUA